CUUAUUUAAUAGCGUAAGCUAUGUGAUUUAAAUCAUGUUUAAAAUGAAUAGUUUUGUACUAUUCGUGUUAUGUGUUAUCAGUUUGGCUGUUUACGCGAAAGCGAACGAGAAGCACGUCGUUUGCUAUUACGGAACAUGGGCAGCGUAUAGAAAUGGCCUCGGAAAAUUUGACGUCGAUAACAUCAACACAGAUCUAUGUACGCAUAUCGUUUACACAUUCCUCGGAAUAAACACGAGAGGAACUGUUGUAUCCUUAGACCCGUACUUGGAUUACCCUGAAAACUGGGGUAAAGAUAAUAUAAGGAAAUUCGUUGCACUUAAAGAUCAAAAUCCGAAUCUUAAAUUGAUAUUAGCUGUUGGUGGAUGGAAUGAAGGAUCAGCGAAAUAUUCCAUUAUGGCAGCGAAUCCCAAACUUCGAAAGAAUUUCAUCACAAGCGCCAUUCAAAUUAUUCAAAAGUAUGGCUUCGAUGGCCUAAAUAUCGACUGGGAAUAUCCAAAUCGUGGCGAUUCAGUAUUUGGUCAAGAUGAUAUUGAUAAUUACACUCAGCUCUUAAAAGAAUUAAGAGAAGAAUUUGAUAAGCAUGGAUUACAUUUGAGCGCUGCUGUUGCAUCUGUUAAAUCUAUGGCUUCUUUGUCAUAUGAUAUUCCAGCUAUUAGUCAGUAUUUAGAUUUAAUAAAUGUGAUGUCAUACGAUAUGAGCGUAGCUUCUGGCCGAGUUACUGGUCACAAUUCUCCUCUCCACAAGGGCGAAAAGGAUGUAGUCAUAUCAAAGGAAAAUUUGAAAACAGUUGACGGUGUUUUGGAGUACUGGCUUAAGCAAGGAUGUCCACCAGAAAAACUAAUACUAGGCUUACCACUGUAUGGUCAUACGUUCAAAUUAUCGGAUCCAAAAAAUAACGGAGUUGGAGCUCUAUCGGCUGGUCCUGGAAUUUCAGGGCCUUACACCGCUACUAAUGGAUUCAUUGGAUUUAAUGAAUUAUGCGUGAAAUUGCGUAAAGAAACUUGGAACAUCAAAUAUGAUAACUCAUCCAAAGUGCCUUACGCUGUACAAGGAAAUAAUUGGAUUUCAUACGAUGAUGCUAAAUCACUAACAGCGAAAGUGAAAUAUGCCUUACAGUUUAAUAUCGCUGGAAUUAUGCUCUGGAGUAUUGAAACUGACGACUUUCUUGGAAUUUGUCAAUCAGACGAUUAUCCUUUGUCGAGAGCUGUAAAUAUCGCUUUAGGGAGGUCUAUUGAAUCGUCCUCUACCGCCCUUGGAACGUCGACCUCAAAUCCCACUUCUUCAAAACCAUCAACUACGGCUCCUAUACAAGAAUUUAUAUGUAAGGAUAUCGGAUUUUACUCUAAUCCGAAGGAAUGUUCAUCAUAUUACUACUGUGUAAAAAGCGCUGGUGGUAAUUUAGUACCGAAACUGCUUCGUUGUCCAAACAAUCUUUAUUGGGAUCAAGAGAACCAAUUCUGCAACUAUCCUGAUCAAGCUAAUUGUUAUGCUUAAAUGUUAUCAUUUUAUAAAUGACUUUAAUACCCUU